ACAAGUGCGCUCUACUGCUUCACUGUUACAACGAAAAAUCUCUUCAUUUGCCACAUCAUUUCAAUAAAUUUUUGAUUAUACUCUCAAUAUGUCGAAUGGAUUUUGGAUGGAUGAUGGACAACAACAACAGGGAGGAUGGAACACUCAAACAAAUCAACAAGACAUGGGUUGGGGUCAAUUUGAUUACUCGCAGCCACAACAGCCACCGCAGCAAGCUGGAAACGACUACUAUCAACAAAAUCAACAAUAUCAACAACCACAAACCAAUUAUUAUGGAGGACAAAUGUUCAUGCCAAACAACGGGACGGGAGCAAUUCCAAACGCCGGUGUUGCUGCUGAUGGCGAAGACUAUGAAAAUGAGCCACCACUCUUGGAAGAACUCGGAAUUAACUUCUCACAUAUCAAGGAGAAAACUAUUGCUGUUUUAAAUCCAACUGGAUCUGCAACUGUCGAAGUUAUUGCUGAUCAAGAUCUUGCUGGACCUCUCGUCUUCUGUCUUCUUUUUGGAGCCGCUCUUCUUCUUCACGGCAAACUCUCGUUUGGAUUUAUCUAUGGAGUUGGCGGACUUGGAUGCGUUGGAAUUUAUGCCCUCAUGAAUCUCAUGGCAACGGACGAGAAAAAUAUUUCCUUCACCUGCACCGCAUCAGUUCUUGGAUAUUGUCUACUUCCAAUGGCUCUUCUGAGCAUUGUUACAGCUGUAUUAUCAUUCAAGGGCAUUAUCGGGUAUAUUAUAUCGUCGCUUGCUGUCCUUUGGUGUUCUUCUGCUUCAUCAAAAUUGUUUGUAAUCGCUUUGUCAAUGGAUCACCAACGUCUUCUCGUUGCAUAUCCGUGUGUUCUUCUCUACUCUGUUUUCGCCCUUCUUGCCAUUUUCUAACGUCGUGUCUUCUUGUGAAUAGUUUAAAUACUUGAGUAAUUUAUUAUCAUUAUUUAUGAGUAUAGUGCCUCAAUUAAUUCAUUAUCAUAAACUAUUUUUUGUCAUU